AUAUGUGUAAUAUAUAAUAUAUAUAAAGAUAGCAUAUUAUAGUAAAUGACAGACUUACUGAUUAAACCCUUCAGUGCAUGAUUUUACGAGUCACGAAUUUCAAGUAAUCGAUUAAUUUAAUAACGCUUAUGAAGAGCUAAUAAUUUCCUCUGACAAUAAUUUGCAUACAAUAUUACCGAAGUUUAAAUUAACAUGCGAAGUUUGGCUUACGUGUUUCUACUUCUACUUUUGCUCUGUCACUCGUCUACUAAACUUCUCCUCUCUUACUACCAAUCGGUUUUCGCUGUCAUACGAACUCGAUAUAUUUUAUAAAAUUUAAUAAAUGGAUUUCAAAAAAUAUAUAUUAUUUUCGUUUCUGAUCAUACAUUUAAUUAAAUGCGACCAAUUUUUAGAUAAAUUUAUUCGCGAUUAUUUUGACAGCAUUUACGUCUAUCAGUUGGUUUUUUUUGGCUGCUGGGAUACUCAAGAAGCCCAUAAUUUAACAAAAAAUGUAAUGCAACUUGACACUAAAAUUUCGUACAAUGAAAUAAGCGAUGAUUUGAAUUUAAAAACAAUUCUGCGUCUGAAUUUUCAACAACUUGGAGUCAUACUGGAUUACGACUGUCCAAAUAGCGACGUUAUAUUAGACCAGUUUUCCAGUCAACUGGUGUUCAAUGAAUCUUAUUACUGGGUCUUGCUAUCAAAGUCAUUAGCAGUACCCAGGAUGUCGCUACGUGAUCUUCCACUUUCCGUGGCGAGCGAGAUGACCCUAGCGAUUCGAGAAUAUGACACUUAUAAACUUUACGACGUUUAUAAUCCGAGUCAUCGUCACGGAGGUCUUAUCAAUAUCACUUACAUGGGUAAUUGGACGCUCGAUAAUAAAUUGAUAAACAAUUUCGCCCAUCAAUAUAAAUACAGCAGGAGACAGAAUUUUAAUUUGUUGCCGCUCAAUUUUUCAAUUGUGAUAACCAGCGAGCCGACUCCCGACUUUGAAACCUUUAUAUCAACACCCAUAAAUCGUCAUCUUGAUACAAUGUCUCGCUAUAAUUAUGAUAUAAUAUUACAGCUAAGAGAUUUUUUUAAUUUUUCUAUCAACUUGAAACGUGAUGUAAGUUGGGGAUACGUCAUAAACGGAUCAUUCGACGGAAUCCUCGGCGACAUGGAAAAAGGUAUUGUCGACAUAAGUGCUUCGCCACUGCAAUUCAAACCAGAACGAAUGGAGGUUUGUGAGUUCACGGUGCACAUCCUGGAUGUCAGAACAACAUUUUUUUUCCGACAUCCAACGAAAAAUGAUCUGCAGAAUGGAUUUUUGAAACCGUUCGACAAAAGUUUGUGGUUCAUAGUACUGAGUGUCGCUGGUGUUUAUUGGUUUGUUCUUUUCAUGACAACCAAAGCUGAAUUGUAUGUGAAGAACUCGAAAAUUCCUGACAAUUCUUUGAUGUCCUUACCGGCCACUGAGACCAGUCUCAUUACCAUGGCUGCACUUUUCCAACAAGGAGCGAGUGAUGGUCCGCGCAUUAUUUCUGGGCGCAUUGCUUUCUUAUCAUUGUUCGUGUGGACUCUUCUUCUCUAUCAAUUCUACUCUGCCACAAUUGUUGGGUUUCUUUUGGCACCUCCAGCCCGCUGGAUCACUACUUUGAAGAAUUUAACAGACAGUAGUCUAAGCUGCGCUAUGGAAGACAUGCCAUACUAUAGAGAUUUUUUCGCCACCACGGAUUUGCCACUCUCGCUUGAGCUUCACGAGAAAAAAAUAAAACCUACCAAGAAGUUGCCUCGGGGAUCUUAUUUUCAAGAUCUCGACGGAAUGCGCAAAGUCCGGGAUGAAGGAUUAGCUUUUCAUAUUGAUAUUGCCAAAGCUUAUAAAAUAAUCCAGGAUACAUUUACAGAAGAUCAAAUAUGUGAACUUCAAGAAAUAGAUAUACGUGAACCACGAAAUGUAUAUGUUAUAACUUCAAGGCGUUCUCCAUUUAAAAAAAUGACAACAUAUGCGGUGAGAAAAAUGAUCGAAACCGGACAAACUCAUCGUCUCAAACAAAAGUGGCAUUACAGAAAACCAAUCUGCCCAGAAAGCCAUAGUUCAAAACCGAUGCCCGUUCUCAUGAAAGAAUUUUAUCCAGCGCUGCUGUUUCUCUCAAUAGGUUUCGCGUUAUCGCUAUUUAUUUUCCUCGCAGAAUUUAUUUAUCUCGCUAAAUUUGAUCGAGAUAUAAACGAAACAGACAAUCAAUCAAUCACCGCAGCAGACCAAACAAAAGAACAAGAAAUAAAAAGCGUCGAUGAUCACGACGAACCAGCGGAACACGUCAGCGCUUGAAAUUAUUCAGUUAAAAAAAAAAAAAAAUUAUCUGAUGUAUCAAUACCUCGAUCAUGACUUUUGUAGUAAAAUGUUAUCAAAAGCACAAUUGUUGAUUUAUAUACUGUAUAAUAAUAUAUACCAGUCAGCUCAUCUACAGUUCAUUAAACUAAAUCUAUAUGAUCCAUUUAUAUAUAGGUAUUGAAGACUCAAUAAUUGAAAAUAGAUGUACGGCGAAAACAAAGGAUUAUCUUUUGAAUUUCCAUCCAUUCAAAGGAGCACGUCAACUGUUGUAUACAUUCUCUCUGUAUAUAUAUGAUAUAUAUAUUUAUACAUGGAUACAUAAAUUAUAUUUACCGAUUUACAAAGCACUUGUUAUCGUUAGUAAACUCAUUACAGGCCUAUCUAAGCGUCUAAUGCCGUAGAAAAAUAAAGUAGGCAUUGUGUUAAAAAUAAAAAAUUAACAUAAAAGCUGAUGGUUUUUUCUUUUUUCUAAAUUAUUUAUAAAAUAUAUGAGAAAGCGCAACAAUGAGCCAUGACCUGAUACUGCCGCUCGAUAAUCGAUGCCGGCUUUUUUCUUUUUUAUUUAAAAAUAAUAAUCUGUCUUGAUUAAUCUUAAAAUUUACUGUGGAAUAUUAAUUAUUGCGAAUAUUUA